GCCCAGAUCGCCUUUCUUCAAGGUGAAAGGAAAGGGCAAGAAAAUCUGAAGAAGGAUCUGGUGCGAAGAAUCAAAAUGCUGGAAUAUGCGCUUAAACAGGAAAGGGCUAAAUAUCACAAACUAAAAUAUGGCACAGAAUUGAAUCAGGGAGAUAUGAAGCCACCAAACUAUGAUUCUGAUGAAGGGAAUGAGACAGAGAUUCAGCCACAACAGAACAGUCAGCUAAUAUGGAAACAAGGACGACAGCUGCUAAGACAGUAUCUGCAAGAAGUGGGCUACACCGACACGAUAUUGGAUGUGAAGUCAAAACGAGUGCGAGCUUUACUGGGCCUCUCAAGCGAUGCUUCAGAGAAGGAAAACAGAAAUCAAGAGCCAAUGGUAAAUGGCACGGAGGGCCAGAUUAAAGAAAACACAAUGAUUGGGAAACCUGAAUUGACUGACUCUGCCUCUCUGCUAGAGACCUUCAAGUUUCUUGAAAAUGCAGCUGCAGACUUUAGUGAUGAAGAAGAUGAAGAAGAUAUUGAAGGAAGAGAGAAAACAAUCAUUGAUACUGCAACAAUUGUAAGGAAAAGAGUGCUAUCUGACAGCAGUGAAGACAGAGACACAGAAGAAGCUUUGAAAGAGUUUGACUUUUUGGUUACCUCAGAUGAAGGUGAUGGGGAGUCAAGAAGUUCAGGAGAUGGAACAGACUGGGAAAAGGAAGACCAGUGUCUCAUGCCUGAAGCUUGGAAUGUCGACCAGGGAGUAAUAACCAAACUCAAGGAACAAUACAAAAAGGAGCGCAAGGGGAAAAAGGGGGUGAAGAGAAAAACUACCGAAGAUAUGUUUCAGCCUCAAUCCUAUAUAAAACAGUCAAAACAGGGAUGUGGGAAAAUGAUGGAGCAAAGCACAGGGCCCAACAGGUCAAAGCUGCAAGAUAUGCUUGCAAACUUGAGAGAUGUUGAUGAUCUCCCUUCAUUACAGCCAUCUGUUGCACCUUCUUCUAGGCCCAGUAGCUCAAGGCUCAUUGAACACGAGAUAAACAGGACAGAUGAAGUGGAAGCUUUAACAUUCCCUCCUUCUUCAGGGAAAUCUUUCAUUAUGGGAACAGAUGAAGCCCUUGAAAAUGAGCUCGGUCUUGGAGAACUGGCAGGUCUCACAGUGGCCAAUGAGGCAGAUUCACUGACUUACGAUAUAGCAAACAAUAAGGAUGCAUUGAGAAAGACUUGGAACCCCAAGUUCACAUUAAGAAGUCACUUUGAUGGAAUAAGAGGUCUCGCUUUUCAUCCGGUUGAACCAGUCUUAAUAACAGCUUCAGAGGACCAUACAUUAAAAAUGUGGAAUUUACAAAAAACAGCCCCAGCAAAAAAGAGUGCUUCUCUUGAUGUAGAGCCAAUAUAUACCUUCAGAGCACAUCAUGGACCAGUGCUCUGUGUGGUGAUGAGCAGUAAUGGUGAACAGUGUUACAGUGGGGGAACGGAUGGCCUCAUCCAUGGCUGGAAUACAACCAACCCAAACAUUGACCCCUACGACUCUUACGAUCCUUCUGUUCUAAGAGGUGCUUUUGUAGGCCAUACAGAUGCAGUGUGGGGUCUGGUUUACAGUGGAGCACACCAGCGUUUGCUGUCCUGUUCAGCAGACGGCACUAUACGCCUAUGGAAAGCUACAGAAAUUGCUCCAGCUCUCAAUAUAUUUAAUGAUAAUCAAGAAAUGGGAAUCCCUUCAUCAGUAGAUCUUGUGAGCAGUGACCCAAGCCUCAUGGUAGCAUCAUUUAACAGUGGACACACUAGCAUUUUUAACAUGGAGACACGUCAACGAAUUCUUACCCUGGAGUCCAGUGUGGAUACUA